UCUCUGUCUCCCUCCCUCUCUCCCUCCUUCCCUCCCUCCCUCCUUCUCUUACUCGGAGACAGUCAGAACUCUCCUCCCUGACAGCCACAAACCUACAGCACUGACUGCAUUCAGAGAGGGAACCUGCAAAGAAAACUUCACAGAAAACUUUUUGUUCUCGUUCCAGAGAAUUUGCUGAAGAGGAGAAGGAAAAAUCCAAACCAAACCAAACCAAACAAAAAACCUGUGCGUGAGGGGGGAGGAAAAGCAGGGCCUUUAAAAAGGCAACCACAACAACUUUUGCUGCCAGGAUGCCCUUGCUUUGGCUGCGAGGAUUUUUGUUGGUGAGUUGCUGGAUUAUAGUGAGGAGUUCCCCCACCCCGGGAUCCCAGGGGCACAGUGUGGACCCCGCCUGCCCGUCCUGUGCACUGACCACCCUUCCCAAGGAUGUACCCAACGCUCAGCCGGAGAUGGUGGAGGCCGUCAAGAAGCACAUUUUAAACAUGUUGCACUUGAAGAAGAGACCCGAGGUCACCCAGCCAGUGCCCAAGGCGGCACUUCUGAAUGCGAUCAGAAAGCUCCAUGUGGGCAAAGUGGGGGAGAACGGGUACGUGGAGAUAGAGGAUGACAUCGGAAGGAGGGCAGAAAUGAAUGAACUGAUGGAGCAGACCUCAGAGAUCAUCACGUUCGCAGAAUCAGGCACAGCCAGGAAGACACUGCACUUUGAAAUUUCCAAAGAAGGCAGUGACCUUUCAGUGGUGGAGCGUGCAGAAGUCUGGCUCUUCCUAAAAGUCCCCAAGGCCAACAGGAACAGGACCAAAGUCACCAUCCAUCUCUUUCAGCAGCAGAAGCACCCACAGGGCAGCUUGGACACGGGGGAUGAGGCUGAGGCAGUGGGCUUAAUGGAGGAGAGGAGUGAACUGUUGAUAUCAGAAAAGGCAGUGGAUGCUCGAAAGAGCACGUGGCACAUCUUUCCUGUCUCCAGCAGUAUCCAGCGGUUGCUGGACCAGGGCAAGAGCUCCUUGGACAUUCGGAUUGCCUGUGAGCAGUGCCAUGAGACUGGUGCCAGCCUUGUGCUCCUGGGUAAGAGGAAGAAGAAAGAAGAGGAGGGGGAAGGGAAGAAAAAGGCCGGAGAAGGAGGGAUGGGAGGAGAUGAGGAGAAGGAGCAAUCCCAUAGACCUUUCCUCAUGCUGCAGGCCCGGCAAUCUGAAGACCAUCCUCAUCGGCGGAGGCGGCGGGGCUUGGAGUGUGACGGCAAGGUCAACAUCUGCUGUAAGAAACAGUUCUUUGUUAGUUUUAAGGACAUUGGCUGGAAUGACUGGAUCAUCGCUCCCUCUGGCUAUCAUGCCAACUACUGCGAGGGCGAGUGCCCAAGCCAUAUAGCAGGCACAUCAGGGUCAUCGCUCUCCUUUCACUCAACGGUCAUCAACCACUACCGCAUGCGGGGUUACAGCCCCUUCUCCAACCUCAAGUCGUGCUGUGUGCCCACCAAGCUGAGACCCAUGUCCAUGUUGUACUAUGAUGAUGGGCAAAAUAUCAUCAAGAAGGACAUUCAGAACAUGAUAGUGGAGGAGUGUGGAUGCUCGUAGGGAGGACAGUGGCAAAGUGAAGCAAUGUUUAAUGUUUCUGAGUUAAACAACCAGAAAAAUAGAUAUAAAAAAUAAUAAACAAAAAAACAAAACCUGAAACAGAUAAAGGAAGAUGUGGAAAAAUUCCCUGUCCAGGUCUCAGAGAUGAAGCAGAGAAAGAGAGGGGAAUUGGGAAGGAAAGGGAAAAUGGAGUAUUCUCUAUUUCUUCUGGUAUCAAAGUAAUGAUAUCAGUUGCUUAAACAGGAGUAUUGUCCUCCCCUUUUCAGUUCCCUUCCAGGGUGAGCCUCAAAGUCAACUAGUCUAGUCUAAAAUAAUGUGGGCUAGUGCAACCCAAAUAACAGCUAGAAAGCCAUGAGUUUGAAAGAACCAGUUACAGGCACUUUCCCGCCCAGAUACCCAGGUCAUAAGGUAUGUCUGCCUGACCCUCUCUCUGUGUAUAUCAGUGUGUGUUCACACACACUACACCCCUCCACACAUACACACAUACCACAGAUCCCACACCCUCAGAUUCCCCCCUUCCCCCAACAGUCAGAUACCCCCUCCCCCCAAGACACACACAUACCACACACAUGUAUAUGAACACACACACAGACAUUUCUACAUACCCACAUACAUACACAUGCUGGUAAAUGAACAAUAGUGUUCAGGUGGUCACACUUCCUUUUUCUGAACCACUCUCACAACAAAACAAAAGCCAACAUAAAAAAUCUGAGAAGAAUAGAAGAGUAAAAGAUCAAGAAAAAAAGAAUACCAAGUUAUAUUUCGUUAAGGUGCUUAUGAUCUUAGAACUAUGCAACCUAAUAGGUUUGAAACUGUUUACCU